GACUUAAGUGGUCUGAGUUACAACCAUACUUUCAUUAAGAUUGGUUGUAGGCUACACACAGUAACAGCUUAGAUUGCAUAGACAGUUUUGUUUGGGGAUAGCACAAUUGUGUUUCCUUUGUUUGAAAAACUUCGUUAGGAUAUCGAGUCAGAAUACUUCUUAGCUUACUAUGGAUAUAUCAAACAAUUUUAAGGCAGCCAGACCACUGGUUAAAGUUGUAGUCAUCCUACUUGUAAUAGCCCAAGUAUGCAAUUGGUUGGCUUUCUGCACUACUUCCUGGUACGUACAUCUAGACAAUAAUGUUUACAUUGGACUGUGGCGAUCAUGUAGUUUGACCUCUUGCAACCCACGUGACGGUAUACCUGUGGCCUUUGUCAUGGCGGUGCAGGCGUUCGCCAUCUUUGGAUUCGUAUCCAUUAACCUAAGCUUCUGGCUGGUCUUGUUGUAUACAUUCAGCUCUAAGUACAGACUGAGUUCUCCGACCUACAGGCUGGCUGCAGGGCUUUUACUUUGUGCCGUCGUGUCCUGGCUGAUAAGUGUCGUCGUAUUUGGGACAAACGUAUGUAUAAAUAGUGGACAGUAUAACGGAAAGUAUGUCGGCUGCCAUUACAGUUAUGGAUUAGCAGUAUGCGCUGUCGUCCUGUCCUUGACCGCCUGCAUUCUCAUUUUCAUUGACACCAGAAGCGUAAGGACUACAGUUGUCAGCCAGAGGAAUGUCCAAGUGGAGACCACAGUCACAUAUAGUACAACACAGCACCAACAGAUUAGAUAGGCAGACCUACCUUUAGAUAAAUAGAUCUAUCAUUAGACAGACCUACUAUUAGAUAGACAGACCUACCAUUAGAUAGACCUACCUUUAGAUAGACAGACCUAUUAUUAAAUAGACCGAUCAUUUGUUUUUUUAAACACAUCUCUCCUAUAGACAGAUCUACUAUUCAGUGUCUCUCCUAUAGACAGAUAUACUAUUCAGUGUCUCUCCUAUAGACAGAUCUACUAUUCAGUGUCUCUCCUAUAGACAGAUCUACUAUUCAUUGUUUCCUCUCAGAUCUCUGAAAAAUAAUAGACUAAAUGUGAUCUCACUGUAAAAGACAUGCAACUAUUUUUUCAUAGCAAAUAUUUUAUGGAGACAAUACAAUAUGGUAAACGCCAAUCCUACGCGCGAUAUAAAAAAAAACGACAGUCAACUUUCAUUUAAUAAAAAUACAAUGCAAAGACAAAUUUAUUUUCUAAUACAAAAUCUUAAUUUUCACUUAUCAACCUUAUCCCUACCCUGACUGGGUCGCGCGCAAUCUAUUUCGCAUUGGGACCCGCAAUUGUUAGGGCCGGCACUGAUGGGAAGCAUCAGACUUUAUGACAGUGGCACAACACAAAAAACAACAACAACAACAAACAAACAAACAAAAAAAACAUAACAACAAAUGUGCAACUAACUAGCGGUAAUAAUUAAGCAAACUUGAUACGAAGAUCAACUGGAUUCAAACUAAAACUUCUUAGGUAUGUAAAAUUAAAUUUAAUCAUUUUGUCAAUAAAUUAGAAUUAGAAUUAGAUCUAGAUCUAGAUCUUAUCUAUGUGUAGACCUUGUCAAUGAUUUACAAAAAUAAAAUUAAAUGACGUCAUCAAUUGAUGGUGUUUAACUACAAAUGAUAGCACUAAACUCUCUUUAUACAUUAGACUUAUCUGGAGGGAAUACCAUUGCACAAAAUUUAGAGAUCUAUUAGCAAGUUAUUACAAAGUAUGAGUUCAUGAUAUCUUUGGGCUUAUAUAUCUGACAUACGGAUACAAUGCUGCAUUAUAAAACUAUAGGCUAAUGCAUUCAUAAAAAACACUAAGAAUUUUAGUAGUUUUCAUUUUUAGCGGCCCCCGUAAGGGGAAAAAGCCGCUAUUAGGUUUGUGCAAAAUGUCCGUCUGUCCGUCUGUCACACUCAGAUCUCGAAAACUAGAAGAGAUAUGAAAAAUAUUAUUUCAUCAUUAAAUCCGGCUUGAAAAGUUUAGGUGCAACGGCUACUUUUGGUUUUCUAAAAGCAAACCGUUUAAUUUAUAAAAUUAAUUAUGCAAGCGAUUUUUUCAUAAAAAUACACCAAUUCUAAAACAAUUACGUAAAUGUAAGGGAGGCAAUCUUACAAUAUGCUAACAAAGAUGGACAAUUUUUGUGUAUUUUUAGUAUCACUAAGUCAAAUAUAUUUUACAAAUGUACAGGAAAUGUUUACAACAAAUAUAAAUAAUAGUUAAAGACGUUUUUUCUGGUCAACUAACUGCUAAAAUUAAAAGAAAACAUUUCUGUUUGUUUAUAAAGGCUAAUAAUGCACUUUGUAUGUAAAUAUCACGCACAUUUUUUUAAAUGGACUUUUUAUGCAGCGAUUUUCGUGCAGUAGCGUAACGUCGCAACAUGAUCAGGUUCUAAACCAAUUCCUUAAACUUUUUUAAAAAAUCAGAUUUUAUUUAUUUUUUGUUUAGUGCCCCCAUCUGAAUUAAAGAAGCUUAUUUUUGUGAGUUUUGUCUGUUGGUCGGUCUGUCCGUCACGAUUAGAUUUAAAAAACUAGAACUCUAAAAGCUAUUGAAAAUCUGAUUUACCCUUUAAUGUUCCUCCCAUAACAUCUCAAUAGUUUUAAGUAUCUAAAAUUGAUUGUUCCGGAUUUUUUUGUGCAAAACUAAUCAACGCCAACAAAUGUUUGUUUGCUCUUCUAACUUAUAUUACAUUCCAUUUCCAUGCUUAAACGUUGCAAAAACACAUUAUCAAUAAUAUGUUGUUCCGUUUUUUAUGUAAAUAGCAUAUUAAUGCUAAAUCAAAAUCUCUAUACUGACUUAUAAUUCAUUAAUUGUAAAAAUGUUCCGGAUAUUGUUUUAUAAAACAUGAAUUAUGCCUAAUGAUUGUUUGAAAUCGCAUAAGGCUUUUAAAAAAAGUAAUUUACUAGAAUUGAUUACUGAAAAUUACUUUUUAGACAUUUAAUUUUCUUGUAAAACAUAACAUAGAAGUUUUGUAAUCCAUAAAGAAAGUUCCGGAUUUUGUUUCUUACAAAUCGUCGCCAGAAAUUUCCGAAUUUAUUUAAAAAUCUACUAACGCCAAAUAAUUGUUUGAACUCCCUCUUCUAAUUAAUAAACAAAUAAUCUUCUCAUUUACGAAAUAAUGUUUUUACGGAUUUUUAUGAAAAAUAUUUUAACUCACUACUCUCUUACAGUACAUUUAACUUUCUACCUAAAACAUUAAAAAAUCUAAUUAUCGUUAAUAUUAUGUUCCGAUUUUUAAGGAAAACAGAAUCCAAACACCAAAGUAAGGUAUGAAAAUCUCUCCACGUGGCUGUAGUACAUCUAAUUUUUAUACGAGACCAUCCAAAAAAUGUAAUUAACGGUAUUACAUUUAUCUGAAAUUCUCUUUUUCUUUUACUAUUUAUACAAACAUCCGGAACAAUCUAUUAUAUAAACUUUUCAAUUGUGUUCAUACCUAAAAAUUAUUGCGAUGUUUUGAAACGUAAAAUAAAGGUUAAUCAAUUUUUAAUAACUUUUAGUUGUUUUUUUUAUAUCAAGAUAACGGACAGACCGACUGACAGACAAAACGCAAAAACAAUGUGGCUUUGAUCCUUUUUAAAUAAUAUCUAUUUGAACUCAGUGCACCAAUGUCUAUGAACCCUCGUUAACCCUUAAAACGCGUGUGGUAGUUUAGCCUCUAAACAUCAGAAUUGUAAUUCCAAUUUUGUAAGCACUCAUUUUAACGCAGCUCAGCACUUUAAGAGUUAAAUAUCUCGUGUAAAUAAAGACAUUUUUUUUUAUGGUACCGGUACUAGCCUAUUGUGAGGUAAUGGAAUUUUUUUUCUUUGACGUCAUAUGAAUGGACUCUUUAAAUGUAAUGUUAAAAGAACGCACUCGGUGCACCAAUGUCUAUUAACCCUCGAAAAAAUUGCUUGUUUUAAUGAAAACAUAUUUUAGUCUAACUAAGCCGUGUGACGUAGUGUUUUUUUUUCCUUUGACGUCACAUGGAAUGAAUUCUUUAAAUGAAAUGCUAAAAGAACGCACUCGGUGCACCAAUGUCUAUGAACACUCGAGAAAUUGCUCGUGUUGAUAAAGGUGAUUUUUAGUCUAGCUAGGCCUUGUGACGUAGUGUUUUUUUUUCCUUUGACGUCAUAUGGAAUGAAUUCUUUAAAUGAAAUGCUAAAAGAACGCACUCGGUGCACCAAUGUCUAUGAACACUCGAUAAAAGGCUCGUAAUGA